AUGCCAAUGGAUUUAGCCAUUCCAAGGGAUACAGUCAUGGAAGCCACAUUGGAGGAGGAUUCAAGAAAUUGGGAGGUCUUGGAGGCGGCCACCUCAAGAAGUUCUUCAUCGGGAAGCGAAGCGUCGACCAAGAGAGCCCGAGUCGCUGUCCUGUUGGUAGCCUUGGUCGCUGAUAAAGCUCAUGGAGUCGGCCUAGGUAUUGGAGGAUUCGGCGGAUUCGGUGGUGGAAUUGGCGGCGCUGGUGGACUCUUGAGUGCUGGAAACUACGCCAAUGGAUUCAGCCACUCCAACGGGUACAGCCAUGGAAACCACAUCCUGAAAAAAUUCGGAGGAGCUGGUGGGCUGAAACAUGGCCAUCUUAACACGCACCUCCUGGGCAAACGAAGUGCUGAUCCCGAGCCAAUACUCGGACUUGGAGGCCUAUUCGGUGGAUUGGGUGGUGGAUACGGCGCGAAAGGUGGACUCUUGAGUGCUGGAAACUAUGCCAAUGGAUUCAGCCAUUCCAAGGGAUACAGUCAUGGAAGCCACAUUGGAGGAGGAUUCAAGAAAUUGGGAGGUCUUGGAGGCGGCCACCUCAAGAAAUUCUUCAUCGGGAAGCGAAGCGUCAACCAAGAGCCUGAGUCCGAAUAA